AGCUUUUGAAAAUGAUGCAGCAACCAAUUCAACUUUUUUUUAUCAUGGUUGCCGCAUGAAAUUUCCUAACAGAGAGAUAAAGGCCACUUUUCUGGAUAAUCAACCAACCCCCCCUUUGGAUGGUCUUGAUCAAAACCCCAAAAUCUGUGUUUUGUCGAUCGGACGGCAGAUAUUGAGUAAAAAAUUACCUACCAAAUGUGAAUUUAUGCUCUCCCAUUGUAUAAGACUCCAUAUUAGACCUAGACUUUCAUGUAAAAUACAGUGUUCUCCAAGUUCUUCAUGCUAGAACUGCCAUGGCUCUCGGUCUGCGAUUCGAUAUAGUUCUUCUUCCGGUUCUACUUUCCGCCCUCCUCCUAACUAAAGCCGCCUCUAUCUCUCAUCACCACCAUGACCGCCACCACCAUCAUCUCAAGUCCCUCCACUUCACUCUCUUUCAACACGAAACCAUAAACAGAACCGGAUAUAUUGUAGUGAAUGGUGUAACAGGACCAGGCGUAAGUCAAACCACUACCCCUUUUGGCACCGUGUUUGUUUUCCAGGAUCCGAUGACUGUCACAGCCAAUCGAUCUUCGAAAGCAGUUGGGAUAGCUCAAGGAACUUCUGUCACAUCCAGCUUAGAUGGGCUUCAGAGCAUUUCAGUAGCGAAGAUCACUUUGCGCUUGAAGAACCACUCCGGUUCAGUUUCUAUAGUCGGAGGCACGCAUAAUGUGAAGCCCGCCGAUCAUCCUGUUGUGGGAGGCACCGGCGAUUUCCUGUUUGUUCAAGGCUACGUGACAUCGUCCCCUGUCGAUCUCAGGGGCCUAACUGUUGUCUACAAGAUUGCAUUUCACCUUUACUGGCCUCCGUAUGCAACUCAAGCUUCUUAAGCGUGAUUUUGUAUCUCCACUUUUUCCUUAAUGUUAUCGCUAUCUAAGAUUGAAAUGUAAUUUGAUUAGAUCAUCGGUUAAAUCCACGAUGAAAACCGAAAAUAGAUGAAUCAAUCUGAUGUAAAAAUAAAUAAAUGUGGUUUCACGAAACA